AUGGGUCUACUACAGACCGUUUUUCGUGCCGAUGAUGAGAUCGUCGGCUCAAAGUUCCGGGCUAUUUUUGUGGGGCUCUUUGUGGCGUUCGGGGGUGUCCUCUUUGGUUACGACACUGGAACAAUUUCGGGUGUUUUGGCUAUGGACUACGUGAAAAGUACUUUUACUUCGACCGGAAGAUUUACCGCGAGCGAAACCUCAUUGAUCACCGCUAUCCUUUCAGCAGGUACUUUCACAGGUGCUGUUCUUGCUCCCUUGGUAUCCGAUACAUUAGGGCGUCGGCUCGGUUUGCUUAUAUCCACUGUCAUUUUUACGAUAGGUGUCAUUCUGCAAACAGCAGCCUCAGAGAUGAACCUUUUGAUUGUAGGCAGAGUGAUUGCCGGUGCGGGUGUUGGUGUCCUCUCUGCCAUUGUGCCCCUGUACCAAUCCGAAGCUGCUCCAAAAUGGAUUCGGGGUGCGGUUGUAUCUUGUUACCAGUGGGCCAUCACUAUUGGCCUUCUACUGGCCGCGUGCGUCAAUCAAGGUACUCAUAACCGCAAUGAUAGUGGCUCCUACCGCAUUCCUAUUGCCAUCCAAUUUUUGUGGGCUCUUAUCAUGUUCAUUGGUAUGGCUUUAUUACCCGAGUCACCUCGUUUCUACGUCAAGAAUGGAAAAAUUCCCCAGGCACUCAAGGCAUUAUCUAAGUUGAGAGGUUUGCCCAAGGAUGACAAAUACGUCGAAGCAGAGCUUGAAGAAAUUAUUGCCAACUACGAUUACGAAAGAUCGUUCGGGUCUACUACCAUCUGGGACUGCUUCAGGCCCGCCAACCAUCAACUAAAACGUAUCCUGACUGGUAUCGGAAUCCAAGCACUACAGCAACUAACUGGUAUCAAUUUCAUUUUUUACUAUGGAACUCAGUUCUUCGCGAAUUCCGGUAUCGAUAAUCCAUUCAUUACUCAAUUGAUAAUGAAUAUAGUCAACGUUGUGAUGACUAUCCCAGGCAUUAUGUUGAUUGAGAUUGCAGGAAGAAGAAAUCUAUUGCUUUACGGUGCUGUUGGUAUGUCCGUCAGCGAGUUCAUUGUCGCUGCCGUCGGCACAGCCUUGCCAAACAGUAACUCGGCAAACAAAACUUUGAUAGCCUUUUCGUGCACUUUUAUUGCUUCAUUUGCCGCUACGUGGGGACCAUUGGCUUGGGUUGUCGUCGGUGAGAUAUACCCAUUGAGAGUCCGUGGUAAGUCGGUUGCCUUCUGUGCUGCAUCUAACUGGCUUUUCAACUUUGCAAUUGCUUAUGCUACUCCCUACCUUGUAGAUCACGACAAGGCCAAUUUGCAAUCGAAGGUGUUUUUCAUUUGGGGAGGCUGCACCUUCCUAUGUUUCCUAUUCGUGUAUUUUUACGUUUACGAGACCAAAGGUCUUACUUUGGAACAGAUCGACGAACUUUACGAUACUUGCCCAAAUGCAAUGUUCUCGAAGAAUUUUGUGCCUUCUCACUCUUUUGCACAAGACUCCCCAGGAGCAGAAAAGGCUGUUGUCGAAGCUGUGGAGAAGGUAUAG